AGAAAAUAGGCGUUGCUUUUGCCAUUCAGGAGUAAAAUGAGAAGAGAGACAAGCAAGACGUGAUUUUGACGCCACUCCAAGACUCGCUUCGGAUCCAGUCGCUGUGUGUAAAUUCGGAUUCUACUAGAAACACGAACCGACUCCGAAUCGCUCGGAUAUAAGUCACUUACAAGGAUUUGUCAUGAAAAGGCGGGAAAAGGAUCUAAAAUAAGUUGGCCUCUGGCAUUCUCUGUGUCUUUCUUUCUCUCUUUUAAAACCCAGCAUAAUGCUGCGUAAGUUCAGUUCGGAGGGUGCGUUGCUGGAGCUGGAUUUCCUGCCCUGGGGGGAUAGAGAUGGGACUCCGGACACCUCGGAUGAUCAGCCAGAUGGAGCCUCAGCAUCCUACCCUUGCACCCCAGAUGCAAUGUCGGGGGGUGCUGGAAAGGGGGAGCUCAAGAGAGAUCACAGCAUUAGUAUGGAAAAUCUGGUCGACUUGGAGAAGGACUCUGGUUUGCUGAAAGUGACAAAUUUUAAUGAGAGCUUUAAAGCGUAUAGUGACAGCCAGCUCACUGGCACUGCUAAAGGCAGCUGUGAGAGUGUGGGAAAGUGUGAAGCGCAGCACCACUCCCCGUCACCCACACUGAAACCUGGCCAAAUGCACGUCUCCCCAAAACCUCCCCACUAUCACCGGCAGCAAGCUCGGGCCAAACUGGCAGCUGCUAAAUUACACCUUAAAAGCUUGUUUGGACAGGGUUCACCGCAGUCCUCGCAUUCGAAUCUGGCCAGUGCAGAGCACAGAGCGAACGUAACCAGUGCUAAAGAGAGGCGUUCUCGAAUGCCUUUCCUCAAGCAGUGGAGUCAGGUGGGCCACAGCAGAGCUCGACUCAGCAGGAAGGAGAUGGAAAGUUGGGCCAAGUCCCUUGAUGCUUUGCUGGAAAGCAGAGUGGGCGUCACAGUGUUUGAAGCGUUCCUGCGAUCGGAGUUCAGUGAGGAAAACCUGCAGUUCUACUCGGCCUGCGAGCAGUACAGACAGUCGUCCAACAAAUUCAGCCUGCAGAGACGGGCAAAAAUGAUUAACGAGACUUACAUCCAGCCUGGUGCUCCCAGAGAGGUGAACCUGGACAGUAAGACAAGAGAACUGACCCUAGAGCUCCUCAAAGCCCCCUCUCACACGUCCCUCUCACACGCCCAGAGACGCAUCUACUGCCUGCUGGAAAUGGACAGUUACCACCGCUUCCUCCAAUCGGAGAUCUACCUCACACUUCUGAGGGACUCAUAUUAAAUCAGGAGCGGGCCAAAUGUCCAAAAGCAGAGUAAUCCUAAAAACUGAACGGAUAUCAUGCCUGGACAGUGUGGAGACGCCAAACGUAUCUCUCUGAUGAAAAAAAGAAAUCAUCGUAACUACUGAAUAACGUUUUAGUAAAAUAAAAAAGGAAACAGACGAGCAGGGAUGAGGCGUCUAAAGGGUCAUGCAAUGGGGAAAGGAGUUUGAUUUUUAGUUGCUAGAUUGAAACAAUAUCACUGGACUAAAUGGUAUGUUGACAGGCAACAAAGGGAAAACACGUCUGGCAGGAAAGGGCUGUUCGGUGAAAGGCCGGAGCCCUCAUUAGGGUCAGACCAGCACUAAUAAUAUAGUUAAACAGAGAAUCAAACAAAAACUCAAGCUCUCAGCAAGACAAAAGUCAAAUACACCGUCAUCUAAAUAAGCAAUAUGAACACAAUUACUUUAAAUAAAAGAUGAAAACUUCCCUGAAGGCCCGACAGACGGACAGUUUGAGUUUAAAAUGUUAAAAUGUGUAUUAGGAUAUUGUGAUUUUAUGAUCACAGACUGUAUAUUAAAGCUGUACCUGUCAUUCAUUUGAAGAAAAUGUGACUGAAGACAUGGAAAUCAAAGGUCUAUCACUGUCUGUCACGUUACUGAAAAGGGUUUUUGGUUGUUUUUUAGGUAACUGUAGAAUUCAGUAAAUGUCACAUGUACUUAAGUGACACUCUGUAGAGCGUGUUGCUGGGAAAUGUCAGGUUUAAAAAGCAGACACUGAGCAGGAACCUGAUAGACACCAGCACUAAUACCAUCCCAUAAGCACAAGCACAUUUCCGAGACUUCAGUUAAAGAGCAAAUGAUCUGAAGAGCACUGUAUUCUUAUUAUCGUGGACAAACACCUGAAGAACAUCAGAAAAAUGUCCACUUCCAUGUUUUAAAUGCAUAUUCCAGAUGAAUGCACAUAGUGAAAAUGUUCGGCUGGAGGAUGUAAUGUGUUGUAUGUAUUUUAGUGUCUGUGACUGACACAUUGAAGAUGGUACGUGUAUUAUUACUGUAGACAUGCUACUAAGAAAUGCAUGCACUAAUUUCCUUGGUCAAAUGUUCUCCGAGGGUUUAAAUCUGUUUAUCCGAAUAUAAUACAAAUGAUUUCCCUAAGGGAAUGAUGUGAUUAUGUGAUCAGUGUACAAGAAUGAGCAUCAGUUUGACUGUCAGGGUAUUUAUGUUUGUUUGAGAGCAGCGAUAAAAAUGAAUCGAGCGGUACAAAUGUUCAACCAUUUAAUUUAAAUUCCACCAAAACGUCUGCACUUUUGCAUAGACCUGUUUGUGAAAAACAUGAUAAAAGAUCAGAAUAUAAAAUUGUGAUUAUAAAAGCACAAGCCAUAAAAUUAAUAGCUGAAAUGUUUAUAAAUAGGAUUGAUAAAAAAAAAAAAGAGUUACAAAUAGCUGCUGAUGUUAUUUUCAUUAAAAGUCUUUUUCACUUUUGUGGUUUAAUAAAAAAUUCCUAUAAA